AAAAUAAAAUCACAAAGACAAGUUUCAGCAAAGCUAGCAUAGAACAGCGAAGUAGCAACAUGACCAAUAUUAUUAAAAAUCCCGUUAAUCCUUAUUAUUCAGAAAUAUAUAAUACGCUUAAUCCAAUCACAACUGGUCCUGUCACACUCAGACAUUAUCAUAGGAAAAACAGGCAAGGCACUUGCAAUUCUCUAACGUAUCUCUCUUCGUCCACUCGCAUUUCUAACAGUUGCAGAUAUGGAUGGUGGUGCAGGCCCAUGUUUGUUUCCAUUGCACAGAUGCAAAACUCUUCACCUGGACAUUCAAGAUUGCCUUCUUUCUUGGCUUUUGCUCGCAACUCAAGGCAUUGUGGUCUUUUAAAACCAUACAUCCAGGUGAGGCAUGCACAAGGGAUCCACAAUGUAGAGGGAGAUAAGAACUACAAGGCAUACUUGUCUCCAGAAUACUUUGAUGCACACCUUACACCACUAGGCUGGCAACAGGUUGAUAAUCUGCGAAAGCAUGUUCAUGCCAGUGGGCUUUCCAAGCGGGUUGAUUUAGUUAUUACAUCCCCAUUGACAAGGACCAUACAGACUGCUGUUGGAGUAUUUGGUGGUGAGGGCUAUACAGAUAGGAUGGAUGUAUUGCCUCUAAUGGUGGCAAAUGCAGGAAACAGUAGUCGUGCUGCAAUCUCAAGUCUUAACUGCCCGCCAAUCAUAGCAGUAGAACUUUGUCGAGAACAUUUGGGAGUUCACCCUUGUGAUAAAAGGAGGAAUGUCGGUGAAUAUCAGUUCCUUUUUCCUGCAAUUGAUUUCUCAUUGAUAGAAAGUGAUGAGGAUAUAUUAUGGAAGGCUGCUAUUAGAGAGACGACGGAGGAAGUUGCAGCUAGGGGGUUGAAGUUCAUGAACUGGUUGUGGACACGGCCAGAGAAGGAGAUUGCAAUUGUUACCCACAGUGGAUUCUUGUUUCACACGCUAAGUUCAUUUGGAAAUGACUGUCACCCCUUGGUGAAGAAAGAGAUAUGCAAACACUUUGCAAAUUGUGAGCUUCGUUCUAUGGUCAUUGUUGAUAGAAGUAUGACAGGUUCAGAUUCCUCAACAACUAAUUAUCCAGGAAAGAUCCCUGCUGGGCUGGACCGCCCUAGUGAUGUUGUGGACGAGAAUAAACUAGAGAAAGAGGGGCCAGAUUCUUGAUUUACAUAGAAAAAAAUAUGCCUUGAGGUUCAUGUAUCAAGCAAAUUGGAACAUUCAGUUCCAUAUACUAAAUGCAUUCUCUGAAGCGUGGGCUUCUCUUAAACUGCAUACCUAUUAUCCUAUGUGUUGUGGUAACAUACAUUUUGAAAUUGAUUGUUAGAUAAAGAGGUUUUAUUUAA